AGCGAAAAUAGUUGGUCUGUUUAGAACUCUGUAGUCUAUAGUUUCUUCCUGCCCGUGACAAACCACCCCAUCAGGACUGGCAUUGACUUGACGCCGCUCACUCGCCCACAGGACUUGGUUACCACCAAGCGCAGCUUGUUUCCGGCUCUUCUAUAUUCGACUUUGUCAACUAUCUAGGUUCCGGGCUAUCCUCAGACGCAACAGUGCAACAUCCGCUUGCGCAAGACGAUGCUUGCGCCGCCCGUCAACUUGCCCAAGUGGCUUGAAGAGAAUUCCCAUCUUCUCCAGCCGCCUAUCAACAACUACUGCGUCUACAAUGACGACUUUACCGUCAUGAUCGUCGGCGGGCCCAACGCCAGAACCGACUACCACAUCAACCAGACGCCGGAGUGGUUCUACCAGUACAAGGGCGCCAUGAUGCUCAAAGUUGUCGACGACGGCCAGUUCCGCGACAUCAUCAUCCGCGAGGGCGACAUGUUCCUGCUGCCCGCCAACACCCCCCACAACCCCGUCCGCUUCGCCAACACCGUCGGCGUCGUCCUCGAGCAGCGUCGUCCGCCAGACUCCCUCGACCGCAUGAGGUGGUACUGCGCCGAGUGUAAGGAGGUUGUCCAUGAGGCCGCCUUCCACUGCACCGACCUGGGCACUCAGAUCAAGGCCGGCGUGGAGGAAUUCAAGGCCAGCACCGAGAAGAGGACAUGCGGCAAGUGCGGCGUGGUCGCCGACUGGGUGCCGAAGCCUGGAUCGAUCAAGGAUCCCAAUUUGCAGUAAAUCAUGGGCAGUGAAUGGAGAGUGUAAAACGCUCGUCAUUGUAGCAAUA